UCAAAUUAUUUGAUUAAGUUCCCUAUUACACUAUUUGAGUUAUGUAUUUUUAAGACGUAACUGUAGAUUCAGUCAUAUAUUUUUUAUUUUUUAAUACUUUUAAUAUAUUUUGCUCAGCUUAAUAAUAUGUCACUACUAUCGGUGAAGACCAACGAAAAUGUUUCAUUAUGUGUUUUGGUUUCCGAUGAAAAUCCCGAACUAAAAUUUAUACUUCUGGAUAACGAACCUUUAAUAUUAGGUAGAACACAACAGACUGGAAUUGUUGAUCAAAGAAUGUCGAAAAAUCAAAUGAAAUUUGUUGCCGACUAUUCUACGGCUCGAGUAUUGGUUGAACAAUUAGGUAGCAACAAGUCAGCUGUUAACGAUGAAUCUAUGAUUAAAGGAGAAAAGAGACUCUUAAACCAUGGAGACAAAGUGGCACUGUUGUUUAACAGCAAUUAUACAUAUCAUUUGGAUUUUAUUACACCUCCUACUUAUGGUGUAGACUCCAACAAAAGGACAACUAAUUGUUUGGAUAAAGAAAUUUCACCUAAAAAACCUCGCUCAGAUUGUACAUCUAAAUAUGAAACUAGAGAUGAAAUUGCUCCUAAAAAACCUCGCUCAGAUUCUACAUCUAAUUGGGAAACUAGAGAUGGUACAUUGUUGGUUUAUAAUAGUUCAAAUAUUGUUCAUAAAGAUAAGAUAGCAGCAUUUGAUAUGGAUGGAACACUAAUUGUUACACAGUCUGGUAAAGUGUUUCCUGUUGAUGAGAAUGAYUGGCAAAUUUAUAGUCCAGAAGUUAUUACAUCUAUUAACAAAUUGUCUGAUGACGGUUACAAAAUAGUGAUAUUUACUAAUCAAGGUGGUAUUGGGGUUAAUAAUGUAAAUGAAAAAACAUUUAAAAAGAAAAUUGAAAAUAUCCUCAAAACUAUAAAAACACCAGUUCAAGUAUUUAUAGCCACUCGAAAAGAUAUAUACAGAAAACCUGCACCAGAAAUGUGGAAUAUAUUGGUUUCUGAUUACAAUGGAGGGUUAUCAAUUGAUAUAGAUAAAAGUUUUUUUUGUGGUGAUGCAGCAGGCAGACCUUCUCGUUCUAGUGCUGACGGUAAACCAAUAAAAAAAGACCAUUCAUGUUGUGACCGCUUAUUUGCCUUGAACAUUGGUCUCAAAUUUUAUACUCCUGAAGAAUAUUUUUUAAAAGAAUCUACUGAAGAAUUGUAUACAUUACCAGCAUUUAAUCCAAAUGAUGUUAUGUCUAAUAUCCUCUAUACAGAUUUAACAUCAAAAAUUUUAUUUUCCCCUAAUAAAGAAAUGAUCAUAAUGGUUGGCUGUCCUGGAUCUGGAAAAAGUUAUUUUGCAUCAAAUAAAUUAUUUUGUCAUGACCGAAUGAAAAUAAUUAAUAGAGAUACACUAGGCUCGUGGCAAAAAUGUAUUUCCGAGGCUAAAAAAUACUUAAGUGGUGUUAGUUGGAGUGUUGUGAUUGACAAUACAAAUCCUGAUAUAGAAUCAAGAAAACGUUUCAUUGAUUUAGCCAAAAGUUUAAAAAUCCCAUGCAGAGUAUUUUUAAUGAAUGUAUCCAAAGACCAUGGAAAACAUAACAAUAAAUUUCGAGAACUUACUGAUAGAAAACAUCAAAAAGUAUCAGAUGCUGCAAUUAAUAUUUACUUUUCAAAAUUCCAAGAACCAUCCAAAAAUGAAGGUAUUGACGAAAUAGUUAAAAUAAAUUUCGUUCCUCAUUUUAAAGAUCCUGAUCAUGAGAAGCUAUAUAGAAUGUAUUUGCUCUGAUAUAAGUAAUUUUAAUUCUUUUAAAAGCUUAUUAUAUUCAAAUUGUAAUUAUAUAAUCCA